AGGCGCUGAAGCGCAUGGCGACGGCGGCGGAGGCGAGGGCCGCGGAGGCGCGGGCCGCGGAGGCGAGGUCCGCGGAGGCCAGGGCUACGGAGCCGCGGGCGCCGCCGCAGGCGGCUGCUGCGCCUGGCAAGCAGGAUCGAGGCGGCCGCGCCCGCGCAGGGCGCGGCGGAGGGCUGCGUCAUCACGAUGCAGAUGCAGCAGGCCGCCGCGGCGAGCAUGCCACCGCAGGCGGCGCCGGAUGUGCGCGAUCAGGAGAGGGCCCCGGGGCCCCCUGUGCCGACGGCCCGCCCGCGGUCGCGGAGGGCGGGCCGGCGCCGUUCCCCUACAACGUUGAGUUCCGGAGCGAGAACAUACUCAUGUCGGAGAUCGAGGAGACCGGCGCGGGACACAGUACGACGUGGUGCUGUGCCUGAAGCUGACGAAGUGG